AUGUGGGAGGCCAAGCUGGAGCCCUACGUGAUCAUCUACAGAGCUGGGAUGAGCGCGUGCUGGAAGGACGGGCAGUGGCAGCGGGCAGUGGCGCUGCUCAGCGAGCUGUGGGAGGCGAGGUUGGAGCCCGACGUCAUCAGCUGCAACGUUGGGAUCAGCGCGUGCGAGAAAGCUGGCCAGUGGGAGCAGGCGGUGUCGCUACUCAACGAGAUUCGGGACAAGAAGUUGGAGCCAAGCGUCAUCAGCUACAGCGCUGGGAUGAGCGCGUGCGAGAAAGGCGGGCAGUGGCAGCUAGCGGUGGCGUUGCUCAGCGCGAUGUGGAAUUCGAAGGUGGAGCCCAAUGUCAGCUACAACGCUGGGAUCAGCGCGUGCGUGAAAGGCGGGCAGUGGCAGCGAGCGGUGGCGUUGUUCAGAGAGAUGUGGGAUUCGAAAUUGGAGCCCAGCGUCAUCAGCUGCAACUCUGUGAUCAGCGCGUGCGAGAAAGCCAGGCAGUGGGAGCAGGCGAUGUCAUUGUUCAACGACAUUCGGCAGAAAACGUUGGAGCCAGAUUCAGCUACAGCGCUGGGAUCAGCGCGUGCGGGAAAGGCGGGCAGUGGCAGCUAG